AUGGUGCUCAAGAGACUUUUUGCGCUCUUCUUCCGGCCCGAUGAAACCAAGAGCGCAUCAACUUCGGGGCAACGAGCGACAUCUGAACGUGGUCCGAGUGAGGAAACGGACGAAAGGAGACCCGCAACCACGCCAUCAGCGGAUAAUUAUGUACGACUGUGCCCUCACGAAACUCUGUCCUUCAAGCGUGCACAACGGAUUCUCUCCUUGUACGGCCAGGGAGACAUCCACCCAACCAUGGAUGCAUUCACGUCAGCUCCGCAGCUCCACCAUAGCGAGCUAUCCGGAGGCGAGUUUGGACGUCGUAAACAUCCCCGGCUCUGUAAACAAGAUCCCAGCGGCUAUGAUGUCCUUCAAGCAACCAGCGACUAUGGUUUCGAAAAGGGCCUUGUAUUGAACAUCCGGUGGCAAUUGAGCUUCAAGGCCCACCCAGAGCUUUUGAAGUCAGUGGAAUGUCUCCAGCAAUUCUUGGACUCUUGCGACAUUUCUCUAUGUCCGCAUAAAAAUUUGAGCGACGAGGAGAUAGCCUUCAAAACCUUCUACUCCUUGAAGCCACCGACAGAUCCGAUCGAGAAAUUCGAGAUUGCGUCAAUGAAAAUUAAAGGGUGCGAUCAAUGCGGCACUGAUUUCUGGGUAUCGGGAAGGGAUGACAAGAAAUGUCGAGUAGAGACGUUCAGAUCUCUGGGUACAAUUGAAACUGUGGAUGACAAGCAGUGGCUCGCUCAAUGUAGCGACUAG